AUGCCUGUUCGACGUCGUAAAUUGGAGACUUUCAUCAGUAUUUUUCUGCUUUUGAUCGUCGGAGCACAGGCACUUGUCACCUAUGAUUCGGAUUCAGGAAGACGGGUUUGUUUUACAUUCCUUUAUUUGCCAACUUUUCUAUAUUAGAAAGAUUCACAAGGAAUGACAAAUGUCAAGAAAGGAGAAUGCCUUACUUUUAGAGGUUGACUUUUUUCAAUUUCUUCCGCCUCGUUUUUCAUUUCACAUGUGUGUGUGUGUGUGUGGUGUUGAGGACGAAAAGAGACCCACAUCUGGCCCGCAAUUCGGGGUCUGUCCGUAAUUUUCUUUCUUUUGCUCGGAGUGGCUAUUGUUGAUUGUGUAGGAAACUGAAAAACAUCAACCUUGUGCAUACAGCAAAUACCGUAUUAGAAGUGCAUGCCCUUCUAUUUUUCAGAGUGAACAUUUCGAAAUUUGAAAGUCUUGCGAAACGCUUUUCAUGUUACAAUCGGUUUUUUCAGUUCUUCAUCUGGUCCUUGUGUAUUGGCGCCACAAAUCCGGAAAAAUGCGUCGAAACGGAGUUCUACGGACAAUUGAUUCUGGCAACGUAAAUAAUUUCAACCCAAAACUAACUGAUACUUUAUGUUCCACAUUUCAGCUUUGAGGCUGACUGUUCGGACUUGAUAUUCGGAGGGCUUUGUCGAGUUGUGGUACAGUGUUCUCUUUGUUUGUUCUUCACAUAACACAAUAUGUCUAGAUUGACGUUGAUGACGGCUACACAUUGUUGGGAAUCACGUUCAAAUCGGAAAGCGUCAUCGAGAACACAACAGAAACAGUUUUGAACAAACAAGUGCUCACCGAUUUUGGAACGUAUGGAAUGGUACAGACAGAUCUUCUCACUGCGUUCGGCCGACUUUGGAACAAUGGUCUGGGGGCGUACAUGCAGUCGUUGUGGACCGAAUAUUGUGAUCUUUACAUUUCGGUUUGUCCCAAUCUUUAUCACUUUAAACUCAAAGUUUUGCUUCCAGUUCAGUGGAUAUUCUUUGGGCGCAUGUCUGGCACAAAUGGCUGCUGUGAGAUUUCAAGAGGAGAAGUGGUGGCCUGCAGAUCAAAUGUUCUAUUUCGGAUACGGAGCUCCAAGAUGUGGAAAUGAGGUAUUUCGCUACGGAGUUCAGUUGAUAUUCUGUGAUUUUCAAGGAUUUCGCCUACUAUGUGGACACAAGUCUGGCAGACGCGUACAAUAUCAUGUGGUUCAAUGAUUAUCUCAUGGUGAGGCAUUACUCCUGAACGUUUUGAACGUAAAGUACUCAUCUUUCAGGCCUAUCCAACAUCAACCUGUACAAUGGGAAGUUCCGCAGUGUUGGAUCAAUGCACGGACAGCUAUUUUCAGUGCUGUGUAAGUCAUUCCUAGGAAAAAUGAUGUGAACAACUCUUUGCAGAGAACAAUUCGUUACACAUCCUGGUCAAGUGUGGCUUUGAACACUUACACAACUUGCAUUUCCAACAUGUGUAAUGCUUCAGGUAAUCGACUUUUCUUUUAAAAUUCAAACUAAUGGCAUUUGUUUCAGCUUUGACAGCAUCGGACCACUACAGCUAUUUCGAAACAACAGAAGCUGACGUGGAUAAUUUGACAUGCACUGACACCAAAAAGUUUCCAUAA